AUGGAUGACGGUACACGUAUUUCCGAAGAGGUGGAGGUGUUCCUUCGCGCUGCUCGGGCUAAAGACACUGUCAAAUGUGCAGAAGCUCUGAAGCAAAAACCUGACCUUAUAAAUUCCGUUGAGGCUGGUGGUUUCGCAGCGCUUCACUUUGCUGCUUUCAAUGGUGAUCUCGACAUGAUUCGCAUGUUGUUAGAGUAUCACCCAGACUUGGAGCUCAGGAAUUAUGAUGGCAACACACCAUUGAUUAUGGCAGCAAAGGGUCAUCAAAAUGAGGCCAUACGACUUUUGGUGGAUGCUGGUGCUGAUGUAAACUUCAAAACACCUACAGGAGGAACAGCUGCUCAUUUUGCGGCAUCAAUGGGUUACGUGGACACUGUUCGCCUUUUGGUGGAACUUGGUGCUGAUGUUCUUCACUUAAAUUGUGAAACAGGAACUGUACUUCAUUGGGCUGCUCAUUCAGGAGAUCCAAAUUGUAUUGGGGCAAUGAUUUAUGAAUUCAAGCUCCCAAUUGAUGUUAAAGAUGUUCAUGGUGGAACAGCCCUCUUUACUGCACUUUUUAUGAAGAAAGUUGAAGCAGUGGAAUUCUUGCUUGAGCAUGGUGCAGACCCAGAAGCAGUUAUAGAAGGAGAUCUUUCUACUCCACUCCAUAUUGCUGUUGAACAUGCGAAUACUGAAUGUGUAAAGCUUCUUUUAAGCUUUGGGGCUAAUCCCAAUGUUGUUAAUAAAAGUGGUGAGACACCAGUAAUGCUGGCAGAGAAGGCUGGAAAUAAUAGCGCACUCAAGGAGUUGCAAAAACCUGUUCUUACUGAAGAAAAGCGGAAGGAAGAGGCUGCCCGUUUUAAGGCCCAGGGGAACAAAGUUUUUGAAAGUGGUGAGAACGUAAAAGCUGCAAAGUUCUAUACUUUGGCAAUACAUAUGGAUAACAAAAAUCAUGUGUACUUCAGUAAUCGAGCUGCAGCUUAUUUUAAUCAACGACAUUACAUGGGAGCAUAUUGGGAUGCCCAGCGAUGCCUCGUCUUGGCCCCUGAAUGGCCUAAGGGAUACUUCCGUAAGGCUGCUACUGAACUUGCCAUGAAGAAGAUCGAUGAGGCACUUCAAACCUGCGACCAGGGACUGCGUCUUGACCCCAAGAACAAAGAUCUUUUAACUACAAAGGAAGAGGCCCGUCGACGAAGGGGAAAUUAA